AGGGGAAAGUUCAGAGGUUAUAAUUUUGUUGUCUUUGUGUAAAGGAGUGGAGCUCGAUCUCACAUCACUCUUCCCUCUUCCCCGAGUCCUUUCUAAACUCUCCCCCGGGUUUCUACCCUCCCGAACCUCUCCCCUUCUACCCUUACAACCCCAACCCUCCCCCCGAUCACAUCUCAACGCACGAACCAGAUCCAUCUCGGUGACCAAAGACCCCAGUCCUGUACUGAACAGCUACGUUCCCUCUCAGUGGCAGUAAUGGACUCCGGUGUGAUUGAAGGAGGGCUCAAUGUCACCCUUACCAUCAGGCUGCUCAUGCAUGGCAAGGAAGUUGGAAGCAUCAUCGGCAAGAAAGGUGAAUCUGUAAAGAAGAUGAGAGAAGAGAGUGGGGCUCGCAUCAACAUCUCUGAGGGUAAUUGUCCUGAGAGAAUCAUAACCUUGGCAGGUCCAACCACCGCCAUCUUCAAAGCAUUCUCCAUGAUCAUCGAAAAGCUGGAAGAGGACAUAAGUAGCUCGAUGACAAACAGUACAGCUACCAGCAAGCCCCCAGUGACCCUGCGCAUUGUGGUGCCUGCCAGCCAGUGUGGCUCCCUCAUCGGGAAAGGUGGCUGCAAAAUUAAGGAAAUCCGAGAGUCGACCGGUGCUCAGGUACAAGUGGCAGGAGACAUGCUCCCCAACUCCACAGAGCGGGCCAUCACCAUCGCUGGCACGCCUCAGUCUAUUAUCGAGUGUGUGAAGCAGAUCUGUGUGGUCAUGCUUGAGUCUCCCCCCAAGGGGGUCACUAUCCCCUACCGACCCAAGCCUUCAGGAUCCCCAGUCAUCUUCGCAGGCGGACAGGCAUAUGCCGUACAAGGACAGCACGCCAUUCCACAGCCAGAUUCUUCCUCUGCUGCUAUCUCUCCACAGCUCACCAAGCUUCACCAGCUGGCUAUGCAGCAGAGCCCUUUCCCCAUCGCACCAAGCAACCAGGGAUUCACUGGAAUGGAUGCUUCUGCCCAAACUAGUUCCCAUGAGAUGACCAUUCCAAAUGACUUGAUUGGGUGCAUCAUCGGCCGUCAGGGGGCCAAGAUCAAUGAGAUCAGGCAAAUGUCGGGCGCCCAGAUCAAGAUUGCAAAUCCAGUGGACGGAUCCACCGACCGCCAAGUCACCAUCACCGGCUCCCCUGCCAGCAUCAGCCUGGCGGAGUACCUCAUCAACGCAAGGCUCUCCUCUGAGGCCACAGGACUGACAGCCAACUGAUAAGACACUGCAUCUGCACUAACUCUCACUUUUAUACCAUCGGCUCCCAUACGCAGUCAAUGCAACUAUCCAAUUCAAAAGUUUAUGUAUUAUACCGCCUCUCCCUCAGUUGAAAUCAUAACCCACCGCCACCGAUUUGAUCUGCUGCGUUCAUUAUUUAUUUUUUUGUUUUUUUGUUUUUAGUCAAAAGAAUUUGGUUUUUAAUUCCUUUUUGAGUCCAGUUGGAGAUUUUAAUGAUUUAUUAGAUUUUUUUCUUUUAUUCUUUUCUUUUUUUUUAUUUUUUUGGAUGGAUGGAUCCCUUGCUCUCUUUCCCUUUCUUUUCUUUCUUUGCCAUCACAAAAGAGUAGAGUUGAAAAACUCUGAAUAGGCAUAUAGGUUUAGUUCUGUACAGUCAGAUUUUUUUUCUUUAAAAAGGAAAAGACAAAAAAAGGAAAAAUAAAAAAGUAUCAAAAAUAAGAAUAGAGUGACUGUUUUAUUCUGUGUUUAUUUACCCCCCUUUUUCCUCCCCCAAAUCCCCCAAUGUUGGUCUAUCAUUUAAUGUCCAUACUCGCGUCUCUGAUAUAAACAGCAGCCACUCCCAUCACCACUUAAUGUGAUUUGAAUGCUUGUAAAAAUUGAAUACACCUUUUGUCACUGAAGUUUCGGAGAAUUAUAUAGUUUGUCACUGAGGAGGAUUAUGUAGCUUGUAUUGUCACUGAUGUUUGAUUAUGAUGACAAAUGGAUCUAACACUCAGAUUUGCAAUUGAAUUUGUUCAAAUAAUUUAAACUGUAUUACCAAGCAUGUCACUUUUUUUUGUCUCUCCAUGUCAUUCCUGUUUUUCCACCCUCUUGAAGCCCUAUGAACAUGUGUUGAUACUUUGCUGGGGAUGGGAGGUUUUUGGGGUCGGGCCUGGCUCUCGGGGUAGGAAGCAGAGAGGGUUCUCCUCGCUUUUUUGUAAAGACUGAUAUAUACUAAAAAGUUGGAAUAUUUGUUUUAAAUGGAGGAAAUAUUUUUUUUAACUACCAAAGGGGGGAUUAACUCCUGAACACUGACUGGUCUGUCUGUUAAAUGUGAUGAGGCUAAGAAGUGAAUCAUUAAGCUCUGAAACUAGACAAAGAAAGGGUCAUGAGUUAACAAACACUAGUUUCCUGCUCUUUGCUUUGCUCAAGUCAGAUUUUAUUUUUUUUAUUUGCAGGAAAGAGAAAAAAAAACAACUUUUGUGCACGUUUUUGAGACUGUAGACCUGGGUGCCACAACAUUGUUUAAAAAAUACAGAAAUAAAGAUGUGAAAAUGCUCAAACCCCA